AUGAUAUCGUCGUCCGAGAAGCAAACCGACAACAAUCAAAUAGAAAAGAGCAAGGGUUUCGAGGAUGAGGAGGUCGCCGAGGAGGAGGUCGACCACCUCGAUCAAUCGGACCACGGACCAGACCACGACCGAGAGGAGGAUAGCCGAUCCGAAGAUGGCCAUCCUGAAGCAAACAUCGCGGAUUCGGACGACACGGAUGCCGUGCGAGAUCCGCAAGGGAACGCGAAGGAGUGGUUCCUCCCAAAUUUGGAGGACACCUUCGAGACCUACAUCGAUCACGGGUGUAUCCUUGACAAGCAAGGGUACCCGAUCUAUCCCAACGAAAAAACGAUCUUCGUGUGCAAACCUGGCGAGACGGUGACGAACUUCGGCACCGUUGGUUUUUCGAAAACAUCCUCAAGCAAUAAGCGAGGUAUCAACAACGAUUGGAAAGUUGUUCGUUACUUCUGCCUGGGGGCCCUGGUGUGUGAAGAUCCUUCUUGCCAGUGGGCUGGCCCCCCCCCAACCGGAAAAGGUGGUAAACAGAAGCUUGAAGAGGGGAAAACAAAAUGUCCCGGUAAAUCAGGGAAAUGCAAGGGCAAUGUUACCCACAAGAAAUGUUGCCGAAACUCCGUGGCUGUAAGAUUCGAUUACCACUUGCCUACCGGAUGGGGUCUCCUCAGGCACAAGGGCACACAUCCGCAUCCGUGGCCUGAGGCUAAAAAGCCUGACCCCAUGUCCAAGGAUGAGUUGAAAGCGGAAAUUUUGAAGAAUCCGAGUGCGGGGGCACUUAAACUUAAGACUGGAAAGCGGACGGAUCCAGCUGCCGGCGCAAAUAGUGUAACUGAGAUGUAUACAGCUUAUAUCAACAAAGACCGAUUGGCGUAUUACCGGCACAAAUUUGUCUUGGACAUGUUUGCGUGGGCUGCGCGUGGCUUGUUGAUAACGUCUGCUUCAUUCUUGCCACAGAAUGAACACUUCACAUUCCAAACCCAAUGGAUGGCCGAUCGACUACUUGCUAGGGAUGAGAAUAAUCAGGUCUACAGCGGGGGUCUCAUAUCCGAUGUCACGUACCGAUACUUCGAAACAGGCUACUUGCUCUCAACCUCAAUGUACUGUGAAGACCUUCACCGAUGGAUACCGAUCCAACUGACUUGGAUCCGCGGGUUGAGUGAGGAAUACUACAAACUCCAUUUCACCACACUCUUCAGACAGUUUCAAGCCGCACCAGUAACACCUGCCGAACGUGACACGCUAGUCCGCCAAGUGGUUGACUUCUCCAGUGCUCAAGCCAAGGGAUUUGUCUCAGCGUAUCUGGAAGUCUUUCGUCAGGGAACUCGGAAAGAGGUGAGGCGCAUGCUGAAAGGGUGUCGGGAGCAUUUCCGCCAGUCUGUCACACGAAUCAAGCGUAAUCGGGCUCUCAUGACUGCUGACGAGGAGGAGCCUUUCCGAAAAGCAUGCAUGGAUCUCUUGGAACACCAAGAAGCCGGCGGGAAGACUCAUGAAGAGAAGGUGGACUUCAUUAGGCGACGUUAUCCCAAAGUUCGCAAGUGGCUUGAUUGGUGGACGGUUUCUGACAUUGAGGCCCUCCUCUUUCCAUCGCGACAACCCCGACUUGAGGAUACUCCUGACGGUCUUCCCGAUACUACCAAUGCCCAGGAGAGUAUGCACCGGAUCUACUACAGGCUGAGUGACGGAAAACAGUGCAUCAUGGUUGGAAUGGUUGACCUGUUCUCCUUUGUAAAAAUGUUGGAAGAAGAUUGGAAAGCUGCGAUGAAGGGGAUCCCGAUUUCCUAUGGGGCCAACCCCACCACGGACAUUGGCACCACCCUUGGUAUCGUGAAGAAACGCAAACGUGGCGAAGGGAAGUUCAUCAAUGAUGGAAGGCCCCCGGACACAACAGACAAGCUUGUUGAUGGAAAGAAGAAGAAAAAAGCGAAGCUUGGCAGGCCCCCCAAUUCAACAAACUUCAACAAAAGCCUCUGGUCAGCUUAUCCAUCUUACCACGCGAAUAAGGACAACCCAACUCGAAGAAACCGCUGUUGGCUCGCCGCAGGUCUUGAAUCUCUUUAUGCUCUUUUCAGCCCAUUAUGGCUCCGUGGAAUCAGCGGUCAUGGGAAGGACGUCUUCACCGCAAUCGCUCAUCACUUCUCAUGUUGA